UAAUACCUACUCAGUCACAGGUAGAUCGUUAGUGGGACCACUGAUAUAUUGGUGUAUGGGACGUUUUUUCUGUCACCUGUCAAAUAUUUUUCGGUUUAGAUAGUUUUCGGAAAAACUGAAGAUUUUGAAAAUUCGUCAAGUGUGUUGUAAUCAAGGGGAUAAUUCUGUGGGAUAUAUUCAUGUACUUGUGUGUUUUGAAAGUAAGUCAUAUUUAAGAAAAUAACAAAACAAGAUUUUCUCUAAGAACACCUGUAUGUGGAGUAAAAGUGGCCUUGAUAUUAAACAUCAAUCAUAGUAUGGACUGGAUAUAAAUACAGAUUGGUGUGUGGAAUUGUGUAGAACAACCUCAACACAAUGUUGACAUUCUUCUUUGAUCAUCGCUGACCUGUUAAACAGGUGCUUGGAAAAUACCAUACACAGACUUGAGGUACCAGGAUGGGCCAACAACAGUCUCAGACGGCCAGUAGGGAGCCAGUGGUGCGGCGACCACCUUCACGGCCUACAGCUCCACCUAGUGCCCGACCGGUCAGUGAUCUUGGCCCUAAGGGACCCAGUUACAACAACCCUGUAAACAAAGUACUCCCUGCAGUGCUACCAACAAAGCACCAGCUACGCCCAGUGUCUCAGGAAAUGAGUAAGAUCAUUCCAAACUACAAAGAUAUCUACGCAUACGACGAUGACGACGAUGACGACAACGAUAGUCUGGAAACUAACCAUGUGAUGGACCAUGAACUGAGUAAUGGGAAAAUGCCGCAUAGUAAUGGCAGUAUUCCUAAUGGCAAAAUGGCUCAUUCUGAAACGGGAAGUGUAGCUAGUGACAGUAGUUCAUCUGGACGAACACAAAGUGUUUCUUUUGAUCCUGCAAGGAAGUACAAAGUUCAUCGACGCCAACAGUCAGCAACAUCUAGUCUGUACAGUCGAGAGAACACCAUUGAGGAAGAAUCAAAAGAAAGCCUGGAAUUGCGCGGAAAGCUAGAUUCAAUGUCUACAUCAUGUCCUCAGGUGUCUAUCCCAGUCAGGAGUACAUUUGAAAUGGACUCGUCACUUAACAUGACCUACGCCCAGUUGGCAGAGGCUAGGCGCAAUAAGACUCUAUCAAUGAUAGAACAAAAAACUGGUAAACGGAUAGAAGAUCUCAGUAAUGAUCUAUCUGAACACACCAGUCGCCCCGUCACUAACUUGGUUCGGUCUAAUUCAGCCAAGUCCACAAAGAGUAUGGAUGCUCUAGAUGGACGAAAGAAGAAACAAAGAGCACCAGCUCCUCCUGUGAAUCGCCCUCCUGCCCCUCCUGCUCCAGUUACCUCUAAAUCUGCCCCCUCAACUCCACGAGGACCAAUCCGAUCGAUGUCCCAGCAAGUACCCAAACGGCCAGCUAAUCCGCCUCCUGUUUACAAUCGGGGUUAUUCGGUACAAUUUGAACCCCCAGCUGAUUAUGACAUGGAGGACAUCUCUAUUCCUCCUCCUCCACCUCUGCAGGGCAUUCUUAAAACCAGCAAGUCCUAUCCCAAGCCUAGGUCCAACAAUGUUGAAUAUGUAGACAGUAAUGGAACAGAAAACAAUGAUAGGCAAAUGAAGGAGAGAAAACCACCAUCACGAACAAACAGUCAGAGGGUUCCCCCUAUUGUGGCCCCAAUACGCCAGGAGGACCCUCUGCUGCUGGAGAUACAGAGACUGGCAGAGAAGAAGGCAGCAAGAAGACAGAUGUCCGAAGAAAAUGAAAAAGAAAAGCAACGAGUAGCUGAGGAAGAGCGAGAAAAGGCGAUAAAGGCAGAGGAGGAAAAAAUAAAGCAGAAAGCUGCAGAGAAAGAGUUGGUUGCAAUGAAAGAAAAGGCAGCUGAUCAUGAAAAGUCAAACACAACUGGUGCUUCCAAGGACACUGAACCUAAUUUAGUCUUUUUGAGUGGCAGUGUCAAACCUCCUCUACAGAAACAGGAUGCUGUUGAGGAGGGGUUAAAGGUACCUCCUCCCCCUCCUCCCCCAGAAAUGAGUGCUCCUACCCCCAACUCCACACCAGGGACAACAUUGGAAAGAAAGCCUUCCACAACAUCCUCAUCCAGUUCUGCGGACAGUGCAAUGCGACGCCUAAGCUCCUUAUUACAGCAUGACAUUAAGAUUGCUGCACAAGCAAAGGCCACUAAAAUUGUCAAGAAAUCUACAAAAGUGAAAGAGAAGCCCAAGGAUCCUGCUGAGGUGUUCAGAGAGCAGCUGGCUAAGGCUGCAUCUGACCGCGAAAAGAGGAGCAAGACGGAGAUGAGUAUCGACGAGUUGAUGAAGAAGAAACGUGAGGAGGAAAACAAUGUACCAGUAACCGGUAAAGUAGUAGAAAAGGAGACUGGAAAACAAAAUGUGUUCACGUCAGACAAACUUGUGAUGAAGAAGCAAGAGAGUAAUAAUGUCAAAAAGCCGAAAGAAGUUCUCACACUUGACUUAGAUACAAAUGAAUAUUCAAAACCAAGGUUUGAGAAAAAGUCCAAGAAAAAGGAAAGUAAAGUUAUUGAGAGUAAUGGUUCUCUGGCUAAGAAUUCCCGCCAGCGUCCUCCGGAGUCCGAACCUGAGGAUGAGGAGGUGGACGAGGUGAAUGAUGUUCGGAACUCUAGUAUAUACACACGAGAAGACUGGACACCAUGUGAUGAUCUAGACUCGGAUGACAAUCUCUCUGAUAAAGAUCAAAUGGUGACAUCACGUGGGUAUGUUCAGGGCUUCAAGUCUACCAUUGUACCAAACAAGGUCAAUGAUCUCAAGAUUAAAGAAAAGAAGGGCAAGGGCAAGGAGAACAAAUACACAAAACGAAACUCAGAAAUGGGAACUGAUGAUCGGAGAAAGUAUGAUAGCAUCAAGAGAUUCAAAAAAACUGUUCAUAAAAGUGUCAGAAAUGCAUUUGGAUCCAUCAGCAAAGCCGGGGGAAAGAUCCUUAACAGACAAAAAUCUGAAGACUUAGAGGUAAUGAAUGAACCACCACCUCCUCCACCUAAUUGGAAGCUGAGGAGUUCUGUUUCGGCUCCACAGGGCAUGAAUCAGAAUUUGGAAUCGGAGCAGGCAUUAAAAUAUAUGGUACCUCACGGCUUCAGUGACCAUAACUCUGAUUCUUCUGAUGAUGAGGAUUAUGGAAAGAUGCGUGUGAAUUUUGGACCAGAGGUGGAUCAAACAGAUGAAGAUGAGGACAGUGAAAAAGAAGAGAUACAUCAGAUGAAGCGAGCUGGUGUUGCUUAUAUUGGCAAGAAAGGUCAGAUCGUUGUCCUUCCAGAAUAUGAAAAUGUUUCAACAGGAAAGGACAGAAAAAAUACUGGUGAAUUUGAAGGUCAUGCACCAAAAAUUUACCAGAAAAAGAAAAAAUUUACAUUUGAUGACACGGUGCGUAAGAAGGAAAGGCUAAAACGAGAGGAGAUGCUGAAGGAGGAAGUUAAAAGGGAGGAAGGAAAGCGUGAGGAAGAGCGACUCAAGGGGGAGGUGAAGGAAAAGGAGAUGGAAAGAGUGCGUGAAAUGGAAGCUCGGGAACGACUCCAAAGGCUUGAAACACAAGCUCAAAUACAGCAGCAGUUGCUGCAACAACAACAGAUGGGUAUCUUAUCUGCCCCACCCCUACCCCCUCCAGCUGGGUUCCAACAGGGCUACAAUGCUUCCGUGGACUAUUCCCAGCUACUAUCCCAGUCAAACCUUCCACAGUCGGGCUUCAACAUACCUUUUGGCUCACAGCCCAUGUUUUCGGCCCCAAUGUACUCGGGUAUGCCCAACAUGUCCCUGGAGGAUUUUUCGCAGUACAUGAGAAUGAUGGGCAUGCAGGGUUCUGCACCAAACCCACAGCAACAGUAUGCCUUCAUGUUAAACAGUGUCAACCUGGCCAAUCAGGGUGGGUUUGACAGAAUGCAAGGUGGUGGUCUACUUCACAUGCUUGGGCACCAGGACAGUGCUAAAUAUUUCAAAACUUCCUCUCAGGAGUAUUUAGAUAGUGACAGGAACCAAGUGUUCAAUAACUGGGUCGGUCCUACCAAACAGCCUGCCUCCAAGGCAACUGUUGUACCCACACCUCAAAUAGUGCAAUCGUCUGGUGGUAUGACAGUUAGUUCAAACUCUGUAACGGUCAGUGGGCCUCGUGUGUCCACUCAUAGUGGUGGUCAGAUAAGGACAAACAUUAUGGUUAACGAUGAUGAGUCGGAUACAUCUGAUGGUCUAUCGCCACAGAACGCUGCCUUGGCCUCAGCAGCUGCUGCAACGACCAAUGAAGGUCCCACCAUUAUUAGCGGGUUUGGUGGUGAUGGGGGCCAUCGGACCAAGAUCUCUGUGAGCGGGUUGCAUAACCAGCGAGGCUGUAACAGACAGACAAGCUUCUCCUCGGUCAGUUCCCAGCCCGGGAGUGAGACAAGUGCUGAGAGGUGAUCUAUGUCCUCGGUUGUUUUGUACAUAAACUGACUAUUCAGGAACCUCUCCAUCCCAAAGUGACCAUUGGUGAGUGGUCAGCCCCUGUGGAAAACCUAGCAGAAUGACCUGCUCGCGUUUAACAGACCUAGUCACAAACUGACCACAACCCAAUCAGGGGAGGUAAACAAUGAAAUUUCUAUUCAGGGGAGAUAAUCCAUGAAAUUCAACAUGAAUACCAAGCUGCAUGGUGAUUCUCUAUGUAGGACACUUACACACCACGGAGGUCCAUGUAUUUUGCUACGGAUGGUAUUUCAACAGAAGGUUAUGGGAAAGAUUCCGUAAAAAGACAGUAAAUGGCACAAUUUUGUCUGGACUUAUGGAAUGCAUGUUUGAGAAGAAAUUCGCUGUGUGAGUGGUGAUUUAUGGAAAUGUUACAAAAUACAAUACACAUUGUAUAUGGUAUUGACCAUUUAUAUACUGUGGAUUAAGCUGUAUAGCUGGUGCCUGCAGGAAUCAUUUCAUUGGAUAUGUUGAAAGGUUCAUGGAUAUUAUAUUUGAGGAUGUACAGAAAUAUUCUAUGAAAUGUUCCAUGUUAAGUUUACACAUCUACUCUACUGUGUUCAUGAGUGUCUUGACACAAGCCUGUCAAAUGUGGGGAACAAAGGACUGCCACAUUGACAGUGAACCCAAGAGAAUUUAAUUCCAGGUGCUAGAAACAGAUGUUUUUGAGUGUGAAGAAAAUGAUCGUCAUUCUGCUUGGAAUUAUAGUGCCAGAAAUGUUGACAAUGGCAGACAGUAUUGGGUUUAGGGAGCUUGUUGACGAGUUGGCAGACUCUGUUAUAAAAUGAAUAGUUAGUUUGUAGUUGUAUGUAUGAGAGAAAUUACAACACCCUGUAUAUGAAAGAGGUUAAUUAAUUUCAGUUAUUACUUUUUGUACAAAGAUUCUGGUGUAAACUUCCAUAUUUUUUGGAAAGCACGAUGAAAAAAUAUUGACUUUAAUAAAGUUGUAUAGAAGUGAUUGUCUAUAUCACACACUGUCAAAAUACAGAUAUCAUCUCGGCCAAAUAUAUAUAACCUUUCUCAUUAUAGUUUGUCAGCAAACAUGUAAAUAAGUAGCAAAUAUCAUUUGUUGACUCCAUAUUUACAAAUACCGCAUCACAAUCUGAGUAAAACCAGAUCUAAUUUAAUGAAACACAGCAUACCAAGACUUACCGGUAUCACAGGUGCCUGACUCGUUUUUUAAAAUAAUGACAUAUAAGAGUACAUAUAAAUGAGAUUUUAUAUGUACUCUUAUAUGUUAUUAUUUUAUAAAACGAGUCAGGCACCAGUGCCAUUAUUAACUUAAUCUGGCAUUAAUCAGAAAGGUCAUUUUUUUUCCAAUGUAAAUGAAAAAUGGAAAUUUCUGAAAAUAAUUAUAAUACUGUAACUAUACAGGUAAUUUACUGGUUAAGUAUAAACCUAUAGACAGCUAAUUAGAGAUCUAUUAGAAGUUCAUUAUUAAGUUUAUAGCUGUGUCUGUCAUCAUCACGAUCAUUAAAAGAAAGUGCAUUCAUGGUGUCAUUAACCUCACAUUUUGUUUUGUAUUCCUAAUUUAUCACACAUUCUUAAUAGACCUAUUUAUCUAUCAUCGUUAGAAAUUAUUAUUUUUUACAUAGAUUAUUUAACUCUGACAGUAAACAGUUUAGGUACAUGUAGUGUAAGAUGUAGCCAUGUCUUAUACAAACAUAUUGGCAAUAAUGGUAUAACUUGUCUCUCACGUCCCUUACUAUAAUCAUUUUUCAGUCCUCAUUGUUUUGUUACUCGGAUGAUGUUUCUGAUGUUAUAUAUUACAGUACUUGAUAACCUGUUGUAGUGUUACCUGUUUGUGACGGUUUAUAGAAUUUUCUGUAUUUUUAACCAGAUUCAUAUAUAUUUUUCUUUAGAAACAGCAGCUUUGAGAUUUAUUGGAAAUUUGUUGUGGAUUCAUAGUGAAAUAUACCAGUCAAAUUACGGUAUGAAAAUUGAAGAACAUGUAACGGGCUAACUAUUAUAGACACAUUAACUGGGUUUUAAAUUUCAAUUACAGUUUAAUACCUUAAUUCUUAACUUGAUGAUAUUGCAUAUUCACUGACUUGUUAAUUAACGUAAGAUAACAAACAGACCUUUAAGAUACUAUAAAACGUAUCCGUAUAAGUAUUGUCUAAAAGAAUUGAACACUUGUGAUAACAUCUUACUGAAAAUAUUUUCUAGGUGAUAUCAGAAUUAUUCUGAUAAUGGUUUCGAUUUUUCAGUUCUUGCAGAAAAUCUGAUGUUUGUGUAAAACAUUCAUUUUUGGUCCACAUGGUUAUAUUAAUGUACACAGAACAAGUUUACCUCGAAAGAAAAUGGAGUGUUUGAUAAGUUAUAAUACUUGUACAUGGUGUUUCUCGCUAGCGAACAUAUUUCGGGAAGUUUUUUUCGUACAGGAUCUGACAUGAGAUUCCAUCUGAUAUAGAACUGACUCAGAUGUAAAUCAAGACUUCGUAAGAGAAAGAUUUGUAUCAUAAGGUAUACUGGCUAGCAGGAAACUUAAAAACCGAGAGAGAUCUACCAAAUGUGUCGUAUACAUCAAGAAUCAUUUUUGAAAACACACAUUGGUCACAUGUUUCCGAGUUAUGUGGUUGGAGACUCCAGUUUUUCGAGUCAGAUUUACCUGUAGGAGACUCCAGUUGUUUUUGAUCAAAUUUGAUCACUUUACCACAUAAAGCUAUACAUAGGUCAAAUUAGUUGCAAUUUUUUCAGAUAGGGGUCACUGUAAACACUUGUUUUUGUGAUUUGUAUUACAGUUUCCCCAGAAUGAAAAGUUAGAAAGGGAUGACAAGGUUAGAACUAGUUAUUGAAAACAAAAUGUUCAUCUGACUACGAUAAAGGACCUCUUUGAUGAUCAGUAUACCUUAAUGUGCCCAGGUAAGGAAAAUCCCUUAAAAUUUUCCAUAUUAUUGGAUUUAAGGGGGAAAAAUCUUAGUUAUGGAAAGUUCCUUAUAUAUAGUUUCAUUUUUUUUCAAAUUUCCUGAAGUUAAGGAACAUUGAUGAAACUAUGGACUGGAUAUUUCGCUGAAGAUUUAAUGGUGAAGGUUUUCCAGGUUUAGUAAGAUUACUAAAUACACAAAAUUACCAGAGUGAUAUUUACAGAGGGAAAUUCACCUGCCACAAUGAGACAAAUCAUGUGGAUUCACAAGAUUGGAAAACAAAUUUUAGGAUCCUGAAACCGUCACCUUUAGAAAUAUAAUUAUCUAUCUCUUCCAGUAAGGCAGGGAUGAUGUAAACAGAACAUUUCUUAAAAAAAUAUUUUGUUUGAUUUACGCUUGAAUACUCUUAAAUCUCCAAUAAUUCAAGAUGACUGGGGUAAAUAUCAAUAGAUUGUUGUUUAACAAGAAAGUCAGGUUUUCAGACUUACAUCAUGACUUUGUGAUAUUUUUGUUAACUUUGUAUGUAUACAUUGUGACUUAACAAACUAGUUUAUAAUGGGCGAUUCUUUUCCUGUAAUUAUGUAUUUCAUUCUGAAUCUCAAAAUUAAAAUUUUGCAUAUAUUUCAGUAAAUUAACAUAAACUUAAAAGCAUGUCAAUUAGGUCGUAUGGUAAACAUAAUCCCACAUUAUGAAAAUCUGUGAUAUAUAGAUAUACAAUGUGUAUUCUAUGCAAAUGAUAUUAACUUGCCAUUGAUGUGUAAAGCUGUACCAGUUUAGAUACAGGCACGCUUUUGUUCGGUUAUGUUCUAAGUGGGAGUUUUGUGUGCUGUGAUCCAUUUGUUUGAGGAUCAUAAUGACAAUAACAACAAGCAUAGAUUUUUUUAGAACCUAGGAAAGUAUAUAGCCUCAGUUCCGGUCUGGAUCAUGUCUACAUCAGAAAAAUAUUACAAAAUUAUAUAAAGGUUAAAGUGUAAUAUUUGUCCUUGUUAAAAUAAAUGAAUAUACCUAGACUAAUAUCAUCUAUAUAUGAUAAAAUGUACUUCAAAAUAAUUGAUUUAAAUUUUAAAAUAAAUACAUGUUAGAUAAAACAUAAUGUGCAGAUAUUGUAAAAUCUUGUAUAACAUUGUGAACAUGGGAUUAAGUUAUAGACAAAAUGAGUGGAGAACAAAGUUUUAAUGAAUGUGUUGUAUGUAAUGAAAGAAAAUUCUAUAAUAAGUAGUUAAUGUCACAAGUGCUUCAUUUAACCAGGGAAACUGUUAACAUCCAUGUUUAUAAACAGCCAAAGUGUCCUUUGAGAAUUAAAGUCUUCCAUUACUGAGUG